AUGCCUUCCCAGGAGAGGCGGGCGGAGGGGGGGGGACUCUACAGCCAGGGCAGGUCGCACCCUCCCCCGUCGUUUUUUCGUGCAGUUGCGGAGCACAACCGUGUUAAAGUGGGAAAACAAUUUGACUUAGCGGCUGGGUCACUUGGCAAGAGAGAAUUUUCUUUGCGGGAAGAGCGAGUCUGCACUUUUGCUGCCUCGAAUUUCAGCAGAGCCGCGGGGCAUUUUCAGGCUUUGGUGAUAACCGACUUUGGUUACAGACGGCGCAGCCUUUUUGAUUUUCAGGCUUUGGUGGUAAUCGCCUUUGUGGUAAUAGAGGAUUCUGAAACAGAGAUUGCUCCAGACACAUCCACUGAUGACACAUCGUCGAUACAACCAAGUUUUCAAAACCAUGAUGAUAACUAUCAGCAGCCAUCCCAAAUGGCAUAUGGUGAGGAGGCAGUGUCUGUAGGGGUCUCUCUCCUCCACACGGUGGCAGUGGUGGGGCCCAAUCCAGAGCUGACUCCUGGUGCUCCUUUUAGAGGCAUGCUGCCUCCCCAGGGUUUGCAAGAACUUAUUGAAAACACAAAUAGGCAGGUUAACCAGCUUUGUGGAAUCAUUUCAAAAAUGCAGCAGUCUUGGGAGAAAUCACCAAUGCAAAAGUGUGGAAACUGCAGCACAUCCGUGCCAAUGGAAAACUGGGCGAACUGUGCCCAGGAGGAACCUGUAGGAGCAUCUAAUCAGCCUGAAGCAUGCCUUGAACUACAGCAGCCUGAUCACCAGGAGACUUCAUCCCUUCCCAGGAUUGUCUCCACACAUUCGUUGCAGCCCUGUCUCCUGCCAGAGAGCCCACUUUCUGGUCUCACUAUAGUAUCCUGCAUUUUCAGCGGAGGUGUGGAAAGUACCAACAAUGUCAUGCCACCUGCCCAGCCUGACAUAGCAGCACCUAUAGCAGUUCUGCCACCAGGAGAAACCAGCGUGGCCAGUAGCCAUGUUGAGAUGGAUUACCUGGCCGUUGUGGGGAAUGAGGGCAUCAAUCCAGAUGCUACCUUGCCGUGUGUCUGCAUCCCUCCCAAUUUUGAUAUGCCAGGAAUAGAAGAAGCCAGCCUGGAAAACAACCCUGAGAUAAUGAAUUGCCCCGCUGUAAUGGGAAAUGACAAUGACCAACAUUCUUCCUCUCCAUCGAACAAGUUUAUAGUUGGGCAUCCUUUUUUUUCAGCCAUUGAAAAAGUUGUACUGAUAGAAAUGCCGGGAAAAGCAGAAGCUAACCUGGAUGGCAAUUGUCAGACAAUAUAUUACCCAGCUUUAUUGGGAAAUAUCACUGAUUCAGAAUCUGCCUCUUCAUCUACCCCCAUCUCCUCCAAUCUUGUAAUUGAAAAGGUUAUACUGAUAGAAAUGCCAGUUAAUAUAGAAGCCAGCCUGGAAAACAACCCUGAGGCAAGGAGUAACUCAGUUUCACUGGAAAAUGAUGAAGGCCAAGAUCAUGCCUCUUCAUCUCUUGUCAUCCGUCCCAGUUGUGAAAUAUCAAACCAAGAAGAAACUGGCCUGGAAAAGGACCCUCAGGUGAUGAACAACCCAUCUUUAUUGGAAAAUGGUAGUGACCAAGCUACUUCUUCAUCUUUUUGUCUUCCUGCCAGUAUUGAAUCUGGCCCAGAAAUAGGACCUGAAACAAUGAAUCGCCCAACUCUAAUGGAAAAUGGCAGCAACCAAGAUAAUAAUGCAGCAUCUCCCUUCAUGAAUUCUGGUUUUGAAUAUUUGGCAGCAACUUUCCCCAACUAUGAUUUCAGUGAAUAUGGAAAAGAUUGGAAAUAUUGUCUUUCUGAUAUCAGUUCUCUGAUCCGUUAUUUGCAUUCUGAAGCCAAAGGAACUUCAGUAAAUACCAAAACUGUCGACAAAAAUAAAGACCCUGCCAACCCCAAUAUACCAGCGUCUGCAAACUUGAAUGAUGGAAGGAAUGGUGAUGGUGGCAAGGGCAGUUCUCAGUUGCUUCAGCAGAUAACUGCCUCAGAAACAAGAGAUAAUGGGAAUUCUGAGCAGAACAGAUAUUUUGGAAAUCCAUCUAGAAAUAUACAGAUACCACAUUCAGUAAUGGAGGUGGCAAGAGCCAAGCCUCGCCCAGAGUUGUCAGCCAGAUACCUUAUUCGCAACCUGUUCACAGAAGAAGUGCUGAUCAGAAGUAAUGUCUAUGGCAGUGUGGGGCGUGGCAUGUGUGCCCUUAACCCCAAUAGGAUUAAUGCUCUCCGAGAGUUUCUCCAGGACAACUAUAAGACAUGUGAUCUAUCGGAAACUGGAUAUGAUUGGAAGCUGUGUGUGACAGCCAUCAACAGCUGUAUCCGAAGUCUUAGACAUGACUUCAAGAAGUCCACGGCCAAAUCGCAGAAGUUUCCAGCAGUGGCUUCUUCCACAGAGUCAGAGCAAAGAGAUUCUGACCUCACCAACUCAAGCACUUAA